AUGGCCGAAGAGGGUCGCACCCGUAGAGGAGCCAAUGCUCCGUUUGAAUCCAUGGGGCUUGACGAGUCUCCGAUUGAUGAUAUCCUGGUUGAGCGGAGACCAGAGGAUUUGGAAUCGGACGACGAGUUUGGUUUAAUCCUUCGGAUGGGAUACGACCCCGUGGCCCUUGAAAAUGCGAUCCAUACCGAGAAAGCUGACCCGAAGCUUCUGGAUUUCAUUGACUUGAAGGCCUCUUUCGGGGAAAAUGCCCGAAAUCUUCUGGAUCCCGAUCAUGCCGCAUCCAAGGAAUGGCCCCAUCUCAGCCGGAAUCUCCGAGCUCGCCUCCAGGCAGUAUUUGAGCAGCGGGGUGGUCAGGACUUUUCCUUGUGUACCUGCCAGGUUCGUCCAGAUAUUGAUUAUGUUAGCCAUGAUCCGGAAUUCCAGGAUACACGAGGAACCAAAUUUGAGAGGCUAACAACAUUGGUAGGCGAUUCACAAAUGACAGGGGCUAUACUCAUGCUUUGCCCGGACCUUCAAGAGAGAAUCAGGAUAUAUGGAGUGCUAGGUCAAGGAACUUUUGGGAUAGCAUUCCUCGCCCGAGAAUGGGACACGAGUGAGCCCGUCACCGAUCCUGAGCAGUACGCAAUCAAGGCACAACCCCAUCAGACGGUGAUAAUCGAGUUCCUGGAGUGGCAGGAGAAACUGUCAUAUCCUGACAUGGUGAGUUUUAUUGAGCCUACCGGUAAGGAGCACUAUCUCCCGCAGGAGGCUGUGGCCCUAAUUUAUCUCAACAACAGUGACAGAUUCCCUAGUCUCGACUCGGUCUACACCCACGGUAUGCAAUGGGCCAUGGUGAUGGAAGCCUGUAUUGAUGACUUUCCAGAGUCAAAGGCCGACAACCCCGAUCAGGAUGUCUUUCUUCAAAGAAGGAGGCAAAGUAAAACACUGAAAUAUGUACUGCCUGAAUUCCCACCUUUUUCGGGGAAGUACCUGGUCGACGGCAAAACUCAUGAGAUUCAGGUGGGCGAACAUGAAGCCUGCAAAAUUUCAGGACAAUUGUUACAAGCUAUGGUUCAAAUGGCCGAUAUGGGAACCUGGCAUAGCGAUCUUUCAGUGCACAAUUACCUCGUGGACCAAGACCUGAACGUUAAAUUAAUUGACCUCGGGCAGAUUUACUUCUCGGCCACUGCUGACGGCUUUCAGUCUAAGAUAAGCCCACUAAUCCCUUUCCAGGAGUACCAGAUGAGGCCCGAGUUAGCCUUGGAGCUCAUGAAAUAUGAUGAACGGCAAAUGGUCGACAAUUCACCGGAUCGCCCUAGACACGACCCCAAAGAAGUCUAUUUGCCACACGACGCAAGACAAAGUUGCCUAUGGAGAUAUUCGGCAAUUGUAUACGGAUUGUUACACGGUUAUUGGCCAUGGGAAAGGAGGGAUAUCUGCGAAGACUGGCACGGGAAAUAUACUGGUCGGUAUCUAGACCGGAACUACAAUAGGAUCAAGAACCGGCGGAAGAGAAUGAUCAAUGAGGAUAUAACAACGCACGAAAACCUCUCACAGGACUGCCAAGAUUUGUUACAAGCUGCUUUAUCCAGAAACCCAGAGGACCGGCCAAAUAUACAGGAAAUGGCUUCAUUUCCUUGGUACUCUUCGUGGUCGGCCGAAGAGGCCGAGUCCGGUCGACCUCUCAAACGACCUCGCGUCUCCAGUUAUAUUGAAGCACAAAAAGGGAAAGGUCGUAAUGAGCCUUAG